UCACGUCUAACUUUUCUCAUCGGAUUGUGCUUUUUUUUUUAAUACCCACAUCUGUAGGAUCUUCCAUAAAAUGAAAGUUACCGUAACUCUGUAUCGGGGAUUACGUGGAUAUACCAAUUGGAAAUUCAUUCCUUAUUCGUUUCCUAAUGUCAAUAGUUUGAUAAAAAUCGAUGUUUGUUUGAAGAAGAAAGUAGAUAAAGAUUAUCGUCAUUAAGAUUAAUUAUUGAAGCAUGAAAGAAUACAAUGUGCAGAUACAUUAAUAUCAACUUUGUGUAAUACUCAUAUCUACAAUUUACUUUUCAUAGUACACCCUGUAUAAAACGCGUAAUGAUCACCGGUUAGCUUGCUGUCACUAGUCGCAAUCGACAACAUUAUAGAGAAGAGAUCGUGAUAACGUGUCGAUUCGACAAUUUUAUUCCCAAGUAUCGAGGUAGCCUCUCCUCGUUCAUUUUUAACGUUAACGUUAGCUUGACGAGGGACGACGUGCACGAUGAUCCAUCGACAGUGAUAGCCGGCGCCACGACGACAUGGCUACUGUCAAAGUAACGGAGCAAAAGGUUAUUUUAUGCGGCGAGUACGGAGUAGGCAAGACGUCUAUAUUUCGACGUUUCGCAAACAACACGUUCGUAGCCAGUAACGAUCGUAAAUCGACUCUAGGUCUUGACAACAUUGACAAAGAGUACGUUGUCGAAGACAGACGAAUACGUUUGCAAUUAUGGGAUACCGGUGGUAUGGAAAGAGUAGCAUCUGUUACAUCGAGCUAUUACAAGUUUGCGGAAGCUGCCAUUCUUGUGUUUGCCCUGGAUAACUCUACAUCGUUUCAUCUAUUAUCCCAACACUUGCUCGAUAUAGUUACGUAUGCAGAAAAUGCAAAAAUAUUUCUCUGUGGAAACAAGAGUGAUUUGGAGAGUGUCGCACCACAAGUCACAGAUGCAGAGAUGGAACAAUUUUGCGAACAAUGUCAUAAUCUCAUUUCGGGAAUAUACAAGACAUCCUGCAAAACUGGUGAGGGGGUAAACGAAAUGUUUGAAGAUAUAGCGCAACAUCUGGUCGAAGCUAAUCGAUCCCGAAUGGAGCUUCACGAGAUGGAUAAGGAUCGAUUUAAGAUUUCGUACAUCGAUGAAGCGGCUGAUCCGUCGUGUUUGUGUUAAUUUAUUAAGACCACCACACGGCCC